UCAUGUGUUUGAUGUGGGCAAUUACACACUUGCAACCGUUGUUAUAAAAGCUUUUGAGAAUCGACAGUAGUUUUAGGGUAUGCCACACAACCUAGCUUUCUAAAAAGGUCUGCAACACAAACAUAGUUCUCAAAAAGUUUUCCAGUCGUCUAAUCUGAUGGGCAACUCAAUAUUUUUUUAUUUAAUAGUUGAAUAGCAAAUAUGUCAGCAAUUCCAGAUCCCUCUCUUUGGAAAAGUGAAGAAUAUAAGAAAUAGUAUCAUUUGUAAUUAGUUAGCUUUGACAUUUCCCUUCACGACAAUCCUCUAAUGUCGACCCUUAGUGGUAAAACUAAUGAAUAAUUACAUCCUCAUAAGACAGACAGCCUGACAUUAUUCGGGUUAAAGCAUUUCAACGCUGAAGACGCGGACUUGUAUUUCUGUGAAGAUCUGCAAUGAAUGUUGUUUACCCAGCAGGUGGAUAUGACGUCACGGACUUGGAACAUCAGAAAAUAACAAUUUUCUAAAUCCGCGAUUGCUUUUCCUUUCAAGACGCAUUAAAUGUUAUAACAUUAGAAGAAGCUCGCUCUCAUAUUCGCGACAGCAGGUGGUGUGAAACUGUUGAAUCUUUUCCUCGAAACGGUGCUCUUCGUGAAUGCAGCAGAGAUUUCAGCUCGCAGUUAAAGUUAGUCCCCAUGCGGAGUAAUAUUGUUAGUAUUUACUGUGUGAUUGUUGCAUGCUUUCUUGGUACACAAGAUCGCUUGUACAGUUCAUUAUCUGUAGCACAGAAUUUUGUCCACUGCGUGCACCUUCAAUUGUCGAUUCCGGCAAGACACGAGUUAUCUGUGAACCAUUGAUGGUCUGAUCCCCGAAGAGCCAAAUUGUCACUGAAAGAAUGGAAUGCCAGUCUUUCCUGUACGAAUGAGAACGCAGACUCCAGUGGUGCCAUUCUGUGGAGCCUGGGAUUCAAGGCUAAGAGGCUGAAGUCACAACGCUGGAACUGAAGAUUGCUUUAAAGAAGCAAGUCCUUGUAGAAGGUUGUUAAGUCAUGAUGCAAGAAUCUGGGACGGAGGCGACAAACAACGGCCCAGCCAAUCAAAACGGAGCAGUGAACUUGGAGGGCGGAGCCAGAGAGGGCAGGGACGCCAGGCCUGAGAGUGCUACUCCGUCUGUGGACGUGACGGCCGCUGACCUCCUUCAUCUCCAGCAGCACCAGGCACUCCAGGUAGCUCGCCAGAUCCUCCUUCAACAACAACAGCAGCAGCAACAGCAACUACAGCAACUACAGCCUCAACAAAGCGCUGGUCUCAAAUCGUCCAAAGCCAAUGACAAGCACCAAAAUCUGCAGGUCCCAGUGUCAGUGGCUAUGAUGACACCCCAGGUGAUAACCCCCCAGCAGAUGCAGCAGAUCCUCCAGCAGCAGGUCCUGAGCCCCCAGCAGCUCCAGGGGCUCCUGCAGCAGCAACAGGCCCUCAUGUUACAGCAGCAGCAACUCCAAGAGUUCUACAAGAAGCAGCAGGAACAGCUCCACCUCCAGCUAAUCCAACAGCAGCAUGCCGGCAAGCAGAGUAAAGAGCAGCAGGUGUCGGCCCAGCAGUUGGCCUUCCAACAGCAGCUCCUCCAGGUCCAGCAGCUCCAGCAGCAACACCUGCUCAACCUCCAGAGACAGGGCCUGCUCUCCUUCCAGCCUGGCCAGACCGCCCUGCCCCUGCACUCGCUCACCCAGGGCAUGAUUCCAGCAGAGCUGCAGCAGCUGUGGAAGGAGGUGACAAACACUCACGUGAAGGAGGAGAACAACAUCAGCAACAACGGCCACCGCGGCCUCGACCUGUCGUCCCCGGCGCUGCCGAAGAACCCUCUGCUCAGCCAGCAUGUCUCCACCAACGGCCAUUACAUGAACCACAAGCGAGAAUCAUCCACACUCGAUGACCAUUCUCCCCACAGCCACCCUCUCUAUGGCCAUGGAGUGUGCAAGUGGCCCGGCUGUGAGGCGGUGUUCGAUGACUUUCAAUCAUUCCUCAAGCAUCUUAACAAUGAACACGCCCUAGACGACAGGAGCACAGCCCAGUGUCGAGUGCAGAUGCAGGUCGUACAACAGUUGGAGCUGCAGCUAGCGAAAGACAAAGAGCGUCUUCAAGCCAUGAUGACGCAUCUCCAUGUCAAAUCCACAGAGCCCAAAGCCAACCCACAGCCACUCAACCUGGUGUCCAGCGUGACUCUCUCCAAGACUGCCCCAGCGUCCUCACCCCCCUUGAGCCUGCCCCAGACGCCCACCACCCCCACGGCCCCCCUGACGCCACUGUCCCAGACCCAAUCCGUCAUUACCGCCAACAGCCUGCACAGUGUGGGCCCCAUGCGCCGGCGCUACUCCGACAAGUACAACAUGCCCAUAUCCCCAGAUAUUGUCCAGAACAAGGAGUUUUACAUGAACGCAGAAGUGAGACCUCCGUUUACGUACGCCUCGCUAAUAAGACAGGCCAUCCUUGAGUCACCGGAAAAGCAGCUAACACUAAACGAAAUCUACAACUGGUUCACACGAAUGUUUGCAUAUUUCAGACGCAACGCAGCCACAUGGAAGAACGCAGUCCGGCAUAAUCUUAGUCUUCACAAGUGUUUUGUGCGAGUAGAAAACGUAAAAGGGGCAGUGUGGACAGUGGACGAACUAGAGUUCCAAAAGAGACGCCCUCAAAAGAUCACUGGAAGUCCAGCCUUAGUGAAGAACAUCCAGACCAGCUUGGGCUAUGGACCAGCCCUGUCUGCUGCCUUCCAGGCUUCAAUGGCAGAAAACAACAUACCUCUAUACACUACUGCUCCCACCCUCAACUCCCUGGCAAACGCCAUCCGAGAGGAGAUGAACGGAGCGAUGGACCAUGGAAACAGCAACGGCAGUGACAGCAGCCCAGGACGCUCUCCCUUGCCAGCUAUGCAUCACAUCAGCGUUAAAGAGGAACCACUGGACCCUGAGGACCACGAAGGCCCCCUCUCCCUCGUGACAACAGCAAACCACAGUCCAGAUUUCGAUCACCACAGAGAUUAUGAGGACGACCAGGGGCAUGAUGACAUGCUGUAAGGCCUGCCCCCACUGGGACUCCUCCCCAGAGGCAGAACAAACCCUCGUCAUCUGUGAGAUGGAGCAACUCCACAGAUGCAAACAAGACUUGCAGUCUCAGCCCUCUGAUGUCAGCUGGCAAAUGUUUCAAUUGACUUUUAGUGCCAUUAUAAUACACAGUAAAAAACACAAACACAAGAAUAUAUCCCACUUGGGAGUAUUUUUGAUUUAUUUCUACUUUUGGUUUCAGUGAACUGAAAGCAAACAAACUUAAUUUCUACUCAACUUGGUUUGGAUGGACCAGUUUGGUACUGGGGACUAGUUCCUGGUCAGGAGGCCAGGAUCGACAUGGACCUGUCCUGCACUGUGCAGCCAGGAUGGACUGCAUGCAGCCCACUGCACCCCACUGAGCACGGACUGCAGAGGGCUUCCCUCUCUCUCACACACACACACAUACACACACAGCUGACCACAACUCAAGACAGACUGACAGACAUUUACAUUACACCGUGUGUGUGUGUGUGUACAUUUUGUUCAUUGUCACUGCCUUCAAAACUUAAUUGGUUUGCUUCCAUCUAUGGGGUGGGAGGGAUGUUUUUGGUGUGUUUUGAGGGUGAAGGGUUAUAAAAUAUAAAUGUAUGUGUCUUUUCAUCGUUCAUUGCUGUCGUUGUUGCAUUUUUUUCCCUUAACUGAUCAGACCUCAUGUCCAUGCUGUGGAGAUUCUGUAUGGUCAGCACUUGAUGAUGAAUGUUUAUGAUUUACUUUCAUGUUGUUCCAUAUCUUUUUAUACAUGAAGCAGAAUGUCAAAUACCAAGUAGUAUUUUUCUGUCAUUUAUACCACAUGCUUCAGAAUUCCACCUCCCUGACAUGUCGCCACCUCCCUUACCCGAUUCUCCCAGCUCAUGAAGUCCAUCUGCAAUGCACUACUCGUAAUGAAGGUUCUCUCCACGCAUCAAUGAAGUUUAAUUUAAAAUGGGAAUGAAUGACAGAGAAAUCAUGCAGGUUAUGAUUUAUCCUUAUGAAAUUAUACUUUAAAUCAGCUCUUCACGCCAGAGCAUGUUAGCUGCAACCAAAUUUUUGAUCAUUUACAAGCUCCAGUUUAAAAAGAAAAAGAAAAAGUCAGGUGUGCAGGGCAAAGAUAACAUUCUAGACCAACAAAUUGUGAUUCCUCAACACAACUGUCAUUGUAGAUGAAACAUUAGUUUUCCAUGCUGUAAUUUCAAUCAUGAGUGACUAUUUGGCCAUGCUUGAAGAUAUCAAAGUAGUCAUUCCCUGUAGUUUUAAGGUUUCCCACCAUAUGCAUGACUCUCACAGUUUUCACUGAGUAUUAAUAAUUACACAUUCAAGGAAAUAUUAUUUGUCCCUAAUACACUGUAGGAAUAAUCUUGGCAAUAACAUCUGACAUGUGCAUUCCAUGUGGUAUACGUUCCACCCCCCCCCAGCCUCCCUUCCCCCUGAAAUCUCUGAGGGAAUGGAGUAAAGCUUAGGUUCAACACCAGUAGAACCUAACAGGGUAGUGAUGUUGGCCCAACAUUUAAGAAGGUGGACUCAGUACAGGUGUACAGCUUCUGGGACAGUGAUGCUCCUGUAUAUGCUCUUCCCAAGUUAGGUAUAGGAGAAGAAACUGAAUACAAAGAUUCACAACCAUAACCAAGACUGUAACAAACCACUUUGCAUUAUAAUUUAUUACUUUUAUAAUUUCAGUUUUGAAUUGACUUUAGUUUUAGUUGUUGUGUCUGAUAUAUUGUUCUGUGACUACCAAAGAAAAACUACAAAGUCAAAUAAUGUUUUCUGUUCCAUGCAAUAACAGAUAAGGCCAAAUAUCCUCCAUUCUCUCCCAUUGGAUGUAAAAGGGUAUUUUAAUGGAGAAUAGUCUCAGCUGUGUUAAGCCAAUGGCAAAUUUAUUAGACAAAAAUGCUCUUCAAGUUGUUUGACUGUCAUUCAAUUUAAAGCCAAAGGGGUCUCUUGAAGAGUACAGUAGCUGCAGGGGUUUGCAGUGACCAAAACGGGAGGUGAAAGGGAGGUGUAUAGUCAGAUAAACAUGUGACCAAAUUAGGGGAACAUUGUCUUCAGGCCAAUGAGAGGAAAAGGGAGAACUCAACUAAAAAAGCAGAUUUCUGUGCGUAAAGGGUAUAUGGAUAAAAGUUUGGCUAGGAUUAUUAUGAUUUACCAGUAAACCAGAGGGCGUUGCAGAGAACAAUGUGAAAUGGAUUCUAUACUUCAACUGGACCACACAAUGAUUCAAUGUUCUGUUUAUUUUUUACUCUUUAUGAAUUUAUAUCUUUUCAAACGAUUGUAUGCCACUUUUAGGGGGACCUAGUAUCUUGACAGGACUCCACUGUUCUUUGUUAACAUUGGCAAGGCUUUAUGAUUGUUUAGUUUCUGUCAACUUAUUACUUUUUAUAUUAAAAAACACUCCUGUCAACUAAUAAGCUGGGUACAAGGUACUUAAUGGCAGUUAUUUAAAACUUUCUCCAUGCAUUUGUUAUUAAUUUAAAAGAGCAACCUAUGGUUUUCAGAAAAUAUUUCAUAUCCAGAGAGCUGUGGGAUGGGUCAGUAGAAGCCUGACUGGGAUCGUGAGAACAACGCAAGCUCAUCCAAAGCCAGACCUUCACUGGUUAACUUGUCAUUCAAUAAGGGGAAAACGCUGGUAGAUUCGAACAUUCUCAGCAUGUGUAGCUUGACAUUACUAAAGAUAACAGCAUGAGAAAACUGUUAGAACGCAUACCUCAGUUCAAACCUAUAGGGAAUGAUUCAAUUAGAAGAGGAAAAUAAACAUUUCACUCAGUUGCACUUAGAUGUAUGUCUUGCAUGUGUAGUCUAAACUGUAGAGAGAAAGAUAUUAUAAAAAAAGACUAAAAAAAUGGUAAGAAUAUGAAAUUAGAGCUUGUUUAUCUUGAUGGCUCUCACAUCAUUUUUGCAAAACCAAUCCAAACCUCAGGCCUUUUCCAUAAAGAAAUCACCCAGCUUUAUUUAAUACCAUCAAUUGUUUUUCCACGGUCUGUUCUUAGAUAUACUGAUGUAUUGUUUUGUGUGCUUUCCAAUAUAAGAUUGUACAUACAUAUCAGUAUAGCCUUGUGUCCUCUUCCCUUUUCUCACUUUGUUUCCUUCAAAGAUCAAUAUGUUAUGUUUGCUUUAUCACAACUGCUUUGUAUUAACUAUGAAAUAGCUAUGAAAACCUGCUGUACAUGUAUGUAUUGGAAUAGCAAACUGUGCUGCAAAUGUAUUUUACUUAGUAAUCCUUGCUUUUAAAAAGUCAUCCAUGCAGACAUCUGGACGAGAUGGGCGGGGGCAGGGUGGGGGAUUAUCCCCGAUUUUGGAUUUUAAACUGUAAAAUAGAAAACAGACUUUUCUCUGUUAUCAUUGACCUAAGCAUUUUGUACAGAUUUUUUUCUUCUUUGUGUUAAGAUGGUUUUGAUACUUCCACUUCCUUUUGAUGGUCCAGCCACUGCCUUCUGUGGCUACAUGUUUCCGAUUACUGCUCAGAGAAAGGGCAGACAGGUAUAUUUCCUCUACAAGACGGAGAUCACUUGCAUGACUAAUUCCAGGGUCACAGAGAUGAGAAAUAUUAAGUGGUCAGUAAUAAUAUAAGGGUGUAUCAAUCUAAUGAUAUUUUAUAUUAAACUAAUAGGUAAAAGAAGAAAAAUAUGCAGUGCCAAGAUGUAAAGAUUAUUGUUAAAUGCUGUUUUUGUUUUUCAUUCAUACAGUGCAACCAUCAGAAAUGUGGUCAUCUUCAUCAUCAUCAUCAGUCAGUUGGUGAAACAGUAGACACCGCUUUAAGUUGGCCUCUAAAUAUAUAUUUUUUAUCUCGA